UCGCAGCAACAGGGCGCCGUCAUCGCACGGAAUCUGGCUCGUGCCUUUUCCUCAACUUUUUUUUUCCGCCGCUCCGGCUGCUGCUCUUGUGUGGAGCCGAGAGAAAGGAAGUAGCGACAGGCUAGCGCGUUAGCCGCUCUGAGCUCCGCCACUCCGCUCAGGGAGAGUGUGUCUGAGGAGCAUUCACACCGCACGCCGCCUCUACUUCUUCCAAGUGACGCGUUUAAGUACCUUGCUUUUGGUUUUUUUCCGCCUGCGAACUGGCCCAACUGAACCCUCUGGGUGGUGUGUUUGUGUGUGUGUCCGUGUUUGUGUAUGUGUGUGUGUGUGUGUGUGUGUGUGUGUGUGCGGCGGAGUUAGCUCGUGCUCGGUAACGUCCGUCUCGAGGAGAUCGACUCCGCGGCGACUUCAUUACGGUUUGUCGGCUGAGCGGCCGCUUGAACCGCGCGGAAGCAGCUGAGGAUUGCGCCGAGACAAUGAGAACAGCAGCCGGGAAAGGUGCUUCUUGGUGAGUGAGAAGCAGUGGGUGCGGCAUGCUGAGGCCACCACCCCUGACUCACGAUGAGUAUCAGAGAUGGCCCUGCCACCACAGCAACGAACAGCGGUGGAGGAGGAGGGUGCGGUGGGCCAGCUAACUCCAGUGACCAUGAUGGCCGCUCAUACAUGCUCCAGAUUUACCCGCGGCUGGCUGCCCAGACAUCUACCUGCUGCAACCUUAGAGUGCAGAAGGAAGCAACUGUAGCCUCUGUGAUCUCAGAUGUUGCUUCAGUGCUGGGGCUGGACCCCGGCCGUCACUAUGUGCUGGCAGAGGUGAAGGAAUGUGGAGGGGAAGAGUGGGUACUGGAGGCCGGUGACCUCCCUGUACAGAGGUUUCUGCUGUGGCCACGGAAAGCCCAGGAAAAACACCCUCAGAGCCUUGGCUUCUACUUCUUACUGCAGGAAAGGAACCGUGACGGCUCAAUCCAUUACGUCCAUCUUCCACCUGUGUCUAAGGAGCAGGAAGCACAGCGACUAGCCGCCAGAGGCUUCCUUCCUCCUCCACAGGAUGACUUUGCAGACCUCUGCAACCUCCCUCUCCUCAAUGAGGACAGCAUAUUAAACAACCUGCGCACACGCUUUUACAAGAAAAAGAUCUACACCUAUGCAGGCAGCAUUCUCAUUGCCAUCAACCCCUUUAAGUUCCUGCCCAUCUACAACCCUAAGUAUGUCAAGAUGUAUGAGAAGCACCAGCUGGGCAAACUGGAGCCUCAUAUCUUUGCUAUCGCAGACGUGGCCUACUAUGCCAUGCUCAGGAAAAGAGUCAACCAGUGCAUCGUCAUUUCUGGGGAAAGUGGCUCAGGAAAGACUCAAAGUACCAACUUUCUGAUUCACUGUUUAACUGCACUCAGCCAGAAAGGCUAUGCCAGCGGGGUGGAGCGGACCAUACUGGGGGCUGGACCGGUCUUGGAGGCCUUUGGGAACGCCAAGACGGCCCACAACAACAACUCCAGCCGAUUUGGUAAAUUCAUCCAGGUUAAUUAUCUGGAGGGUGGAGUGGUCAGAGGUGCGGUGGUGGAGAAGUACCUCCUGGAGAAGUCACGUCUUGUCUCCCGAGAAAAGAACGAGAGGAACUACCAUGUGUUUUACUACCUGUUGCUGGGAGCUUCAGAGGAGGACAGGAAAGAGUUCAAGCUGCUCCCACCUGAAGACUACCUCUACCUCAAGCAGCAAAACUUUAAGAUAGAAGAUGAGGAAGACCUGCGCCAUGACUUUGAAAGGCUACAGCAGGCAAUGGAAAUGGUCGGCUUUCUUCCCUCCACCAAGAAACAGAUCUUUUCGGUGCUUUCGGCCAUUUUGUAUCUGGGCAAUGUUACCUACAAGAAAAAGUCGACAGGCCGAGAUGAGGGCUUGGAUGUAGGACCACCGGAGGUCCUGGCGACCCUCUCUGACCUGCUAAAGGUUAAGGAGGAGUUGCUGGUUGAGGCACUGACAAAAAGGAAAACCGUGACCGUCAACGACAAGCUAAUCCUCCCCUACAGCCACCCUGAGGCUAUCACUGCCCGAGACUCCAUGGCUAAAUCUCUUUACAGUGCCCUGUUUGACUGGAUCGUCCUACGCAUCAACCACGCACUGCUCAACAAGAAAGACAUGGAGGAAUCUGUCUCAUGUUUGUCUAUUGGCGUCCUGGACAUUUUUGGCUUUGAGGACUUUGAAACCAACAGCUUUGAGCAGUUCUGCAUCAACUAUGCAAACGAGCAGCUGCAAUAUUAUUUCAACAAUCACAUCUUCACCCUGGAACAGGAAGAGUACCAAGCAGAGGGAAUCACCUGGCACAACAUUGACUACACAGACAAUGUGGGCUGUAUCCACCUCAUCAGCAAGAAGCCCACGGGCCUGCUGUACCUGCUGGAUGAAGAGAGCAACUUUCCUCAUGCCACAGAUGAGACUUUAUUAGCCAAGUUCAAGCAGCAGCACCAGGGGAACAAAUACUUUGUCCCUACACCAGUCAUGGAACCUGCCUUUGUCAUUCAGCAUUUUGCAGGAAGAGUGAAAUAUCAGAUCAAGGAUUUUCGGGAGAAGAACACAGACCACAUGCGUCCUGACAUUGUGGCAUUGUUGCGGAGCAGCGACCGGGCGUAUGUGCGGCAGCUCAUCGGCAUGGACCCCGUGGCCAUGUUUCGCUGGGGCAUAUUGCGCGCCACCAUCCGGGGCAUUGCUGCUUUCAAUGAGGCUGGUCGCUGCUGGGCUGCCAAAACAGCAGGUGUUGUCCGUCCAGUCUCCAGAACUCCUUUGGGAGAGCUUCAGCGGGCAAAUAUUCAAAUAGAAAGAAUGUACAAACGAGCUUCUAUGCUCGAUUUCUGCUUUGAUCUCUCAGAGGAGCGCCCUCUAGAGGCCUUUGAAGACAUCUUUGCUAGCUUUGAAAAUAAGAAAGAAAUGCAUGCAGAGAUCGUCAGGUCCAUUAAGAACUUGCAGCUGGAUGGCGAGGACCCUCGCAAACUGCUGCAGUCCUGGGGUCGCCAUCACUCCCCACACCACGCCCUACAGAGAAGCAAGACCGGCAAACAGAAGCAUGUCAUUCCCAAGAAUUUGCUGGAUUCUCAGUCUCUGAAGUUUAUCGUGAGUCUGACACUACAAGAUCGGACGACCAAGUCUCUGCUCCAUCUGCACAAGAAGAAGAAGCCCCCCAGCAUCAGUGCUCAGUUCCAGACCUCUCUGACUAAACUGCUGGAGACUCUGAACAGAGCAGAGCCUUUCUUCAUCCGCUGUAUUCGCUCCAACGCUGAGAAGAAAGAGAUGCAUCUAGAUGAGUCCUUGGUAGUGCAGCAGCUGCGAUACACAGGAAUGCUCGAAACCGUGCGUAUCCGGAGAUCUGGAUACGGAGCAAAGUACACAUUCCAGGAAUUUGUGGAACAGUUUGGAGUUUUACUACCAAAGAACGCCACUGCCUGUAAAGAGGACAUCUCACCCCUGCUUGAAAAAAAGAUGGGCCUGCACCCCACCACGUAUCAGAUAGGCAAAACCAAGGUGUUCUUGAAGGAGCUGGAGCGACAGCAGUUGCAGGACAUGCUGCACAAGGAAGUAAUGCGCAAGAUCGUGUUCCUCCAGCGAUGGUUUAGAGCUCGCCAGCAGAGGAUAGACUUUCUGGACAUGAAACGGGCAGCUGUCAUAAUCCAGCGUUCCUGGCACAAGUACUGCAGAAAUGAAAAAAGAAGACUUGCAGCCACUUUGAUCCAGGCUGUGUGGAGAGGACACAGGCAGAGGUUAGAGUACCACUGCCAAAGACAGGGUGCUACCAAGAUACAAGCUCUGGUUAGAGGUCACUCAGCUCGCAGGAGGUGCCAGUCCAUUCGAGAGGAGAAACGGAGAAAGGAGCAAGAAGAAGCUCAGAAAAAGGCAGAAGAGGAGGAAAGAAGGCGGCGGAAAGAAGAGGAAGAGUCAAGGAGAAAGGCAAUGGAGGAGGAAGAAAGGAGGAGGAUGGAAGAAGAAGCAAGGAGAAUUGCAAUGGAGGAGGAAGAAGCAGCCAAAAUAGAGCAGAUAGAGCAGAAAAAGAGAGAAGAGGAGGAGAAAAGACUGGCGAGAGAGCCUCAGACAAGAGAAGAUGUGGAUAUAGAGCUGAUUAAUGAGGGGAUGCUGGAUGACAGUCUUUGUGUUCAGGGAACCAAGGAGGAGAGGGAACAGAAACACAAAGAGGUUAAUACAAGCUCACGUUUUAAGGAGGAACAGGUCAAGGACAAAGAGCUGGAUGUAGAGUUAAACGGUACCACGGCUGAGGCUGGACCUCAGCUAGAGAGGAAAGAGGAGUUCCUGGACAACCAAACACCAGGAUGGUCGGAUUCAAAAGCAGCUUCGCUCUCAGGGCUCACCUCUAAUGCACUUACACCCACAUCUCCAGAUGAGGGGCCAGACAAACAGCUUCCCACGACUACCUCCACAUCUUCUAAUGCUGAACUAAACAGAGCUAUUCAAAGGAGCCAGUCCUCCAGAAGCCAGGAGAAGAGAGAGCAGAGGAGACGAAGAGGGUUGGAGCACAACCAGCGAGAGACUGAACGAGCUGCGUCCUCCUCCUCCUUUUCAGUCGCCAACAACCAGCAAGAGAUAGAUCUGGCCGGCUUCUCCUCCACGUCCCCAGCAACCAGCAAGGAUGAAGCAUCUCCACCAAAGAGCAAACCUCAGGAGGUCUCCAAGCUGAAGGAGCGCUCAGACAGCAAGGAACUGGAUCAGUAUACCUUUGUGGAGUGGAAAAUGAAGGAAGACAAGGGAGGGAAGAAGGAGCCAAAAGGCUCGCCUUCACCUCCCCCUCCAGGCCCUGUUCGCCCGUCAACAUUAGCGCUGCUGCCCGCCGAGCCUCUGCCUGUCAGAAACGGCGUGGGAGAGAGCGAAGCAGUGGUAACCCUGCAGCGGCGCCCGGGGGGGAUGAAGGAGAAGCCAGAGAAGUGGAAGGCGAGAAGGAGCGAGGGAGAACCCUUUGACAGCACCAGUCCUCCUCCACCCCACGACAGUAAACCACAACAAAUGGCAGAAUCGGCCUCCUCGUCAUUUGACAGUUUGUCUCCAGGUUUUGAAGGAGCAGCCAGCAAGGUGAUGUUCCCCCAUGAAGUCCAUGGCGAUGGUGCAAGGGCAACAUCUACCAGGAGAAAGCUACAAGAUGCUUCUACUCACCACGAUGUAGCCCAUCUUGUCCCGUCCACACCAGACAGGUCAGGUGGUUUCUUGAGCAAGAUUUUGAAGAAACGACCUCACAAAGAAGCUCAAACACCUGACAACGGAGACCUUACGUUUGCUCAGAUAGUCAGCGAGAGGCCAGCAGGCGGCGAAAUCUCUACAUCUGGACAUCAAACCCGGCCUCUUCAUCAACAACAUGGAGAUCGUGGUGGUAAAGCUGUAGCUCGCAAUCCAUCCAUAAAAAUCAGCCGGGCCACCCGAGUCUCCGAGCAGUGGAACACGUCACUGGAUCGGGAAAUAACAAAUUCCAAUGAGCUGCGCCACCUUGAUGAGUUUCUGGGCAAUCAAGUCAAUGAUUUCCGCUCCAGGGGGAAGCAACUGUCCAAAACAGAAGCCGUCUUUGUAACAGCUACCAUGCAUUUCAGAGACACUUUAAAAGACACAUAUUCAGUCCAAAAGAAGCUUGCCUUUGGCUACAAAGCGCUGAUGAAAAGCUAUCAGAACCAAGUGAUCCAUCUAGCGGGUGAGGAGCACAAAGACGAGGUUCAGCUGGUGGUCAACCUGUUCCAGUCUGUGCUGGAUGGCUUCAUCAGAGGAGAGAUAAAGAAGGGAGAGGCUGAACCGGCCAAGCCAGCUAAAACUAGAAAGAAGAGGCGAAAAAAAGAUCAAAAUAAGGAGAGUGCCUUGGAUCACAUUUUUGUCAACUAUCAGGUCAACAUUAUGCAGUCGUGUGACCAGUGUAAUUCUUACAUCUGGGUCAUGGAGAAGGCCUACAUGUGCAGCUACUGUAAAAUGGUUUGCCACAAGAAGUGCAUCUGCAAAAUAGUCACCAACUGCUACAGCUUCUGUGCCAAGAAGGGUGAUGAAGAGUCUGGUCGUCAGCAUUUCGGGGUGCAUGUGUGUCACGUCAUCAACGAUAAGAACCCAGUGCCCAUGAUACUGGAGAUGAUGCUGGAACAUGUGGAGAUACACGGCCUCUACGUCGAGGGCAUCUACCGCAAGUCUGGUUCUUCCAACCGCAUGAAAGAGCUUUACCAGCGACUAGAGGCUGACCCCCACCGGGUCUGCCUUGAAGACUACCCCAUCCACACAGUCACAGGCCUGGUGAAACAGUGGCUGAGGGAGCUGCCAGACCCUCUUAUGACCUUCACCCGUUACAAUGACUUCCUGCAUGCAGUGGAACUUCCAGAGAAGCAGGAGCAGCUGCAAGCUAUCUACAAAGUGUUGGAAGAGCUUCCUUCGGCGAACUUCAACACAUUGGAGAGACUUGUCUUCCACCUCGUCAGGGUGUAUAAAGAAGAGACACACAACCGAAUGUCUCCUAACUCACUGGCCAUAGUGUUUGCCCCAUGUAUCCUUCGCUGCCCAGACACUGCUGACCCACUGCUCAGCAUGAAGGACGUUGCCAAGACCACCAUGUGUGUGGAGAUGCUCAUCAAUGAGCAGAUCAGACGCUACAAUGAAACAAUGGAGAAGAUCAAGCAGGUGGAGUCUGAAGAGGCUGAUGCUCAAAACCAGCUCAAACUCAAGAGACAAAACACGCACUGCCAGCAUUUACCUCUCAGGUUGUCAACUCCUUACAAAGGAGUGGUGAUAAAUGAGAAGGCCCGUUCUGGUCUCAGCGUGGUCCCUGAGAAAGAGCCUCAGACACAAGACUCGGACACAGAGACUGAGGAGAACAUAAAGGAACGCAUUGAAGGGCUCAUGAAGCAAAAAGAGGAUCUGGUGCGCGGACUUGUAGAUAUGGAACAGCCUGGUUCUGAUCAGGAAAACCUGGACUCUGAAGCCUCCCUAAGCUCUGAGAGUCUCCUGGAUGAACGGCAGCGCUCUUCUGCCCACAACUCAGAACCUGAAGGACUCCGUGGUUCUCCAUUGCAGCCAUACGGGCCCGUGUGUCAAACGGAACCAUCCAGCCAGGCCGAGCAGGCUAAAGUCCCUGAUGGACGCGUCUCUCUGCCAAAUCUCUCCCAUGCAAACUCCACUUCAUCGAUGACCAGCUGGACUUCGUCAGCCUCUGAAUCCUCCAACUCCUCCUUAAGACGUUUGCUGCAACGUCGCAACCCCAUCAUUCCUGACACAGUUAAACUCCCUUCAGGCAUCCUGUCUCAGUCAGCAGCCUCAGGUCCAACUCAGACAUUUCCUUCUUCUGGAAAUGGACCUUUAAAAUUCUUAGUCAGGAGAAGAGAGCAGCCGGGCCGCCGCAAAGACAGCACCCAGUCCCUGUACAUCGACAACCCUGAACCUGAGCUACUGUUGCAUUUCUCCUCGUGCCCUCCGUCUGCUUCCUCCUCUUCUUCCUCCAUCUCCAUGGUGACACGCGCCCCUCAGCAUCUCAGCACACAAGGAUCAAAGGGCCCGAGGCGUUUUUCAGACCCAGACGUACCUUAUGUGGAAGAGGACGUCUGAUCACAACCGAACAGAAAAGGCAGCAACCUCAGAGUGUGGAACAUAAACACAUAACAAUGAUGAGAAUCAAAAAUCACAGAGAAAUGUAAUGUUCAUGUGAAUAUAAGUUGUUGCGUUGGAUGCAGUAGCCGGAGGGGCACUAUAAAGCUAAACAUGGUGGAGACUGUUUCAUUUGCUGAUAUUGGAAGAACUGCAAGCCUGUCCUGUUGCCCUAUAUGACGAGAUGUUGCCAAGCACCUUUUCUAUCAUUUUAAUAUAUUGCGGUUGCUGUAGCUGAAUUCAGCUGGAAAAGAGGCUAUUUUUUUCUAUAGUUUGACAAUGACCAGCUCUCUCAUUGUCUUUUUUGUGCUAAUACAAAGAAAUAAUACAGGUUCCUGUCGCACUUUUCAUUUUGUAGUUCUCCUGAUGAGCAAAUUAUGCUCAUGCAAAUGUUAGCUAGUGCCUUCAUAAUGUACAGAGAGUCACCUGAAAAGUCAUUUCUCGUGUUAUUAUUGUCAAACAGUUAUUGUUGAGAGAGGAAAGGUUAUUUGGGAUCCAGCGAGGGUACAUUUGUUUAAGUUUUAUUCUUUUUUGUACUGAACCAACAAGACAUGCUCAAAGCAAGGACCUAAACAUUGCACCUUGUGGCUUUUGUAAAAAGACAAUGAUGUGGUCGCUUUUACCUGCUGCACAACAAAAACACCAGAUAGGAAGUCAUUAUAAUAAAGGCGAAUGGACUCAGCAGGCAAUCCAUUUCCUUGGAUACCGAUGAUGCAACAGCUGUUGGACUGGCCUUUUUCAGAAAUUAAUUUGGCUUCACUCUGCUGUGGACAGUCACUGAUGAGCAGGUUCUGCUGAAGCCCUGCUACUUUUUGAAAUGUAAUACUAAUGUUCCUCUGCUGAUGAAUGAUGUCUGCUAGUUUGUCUGGAUUGUAAGGAGGAUGUGUAAUGUUUAACACAGAAUGUAUGAUUGGGACUGAAUGCAUGUAAUGUAAUAGGUAUUAGUAUUAGCUUGACAAUACAAAAGUGAUGCUUCUAA